GGAUCGUGACCUCAAACGACAUAGAUCUUCGACUCCGCACCACCAGCAGCACGCCGGAGAUCCUUCUCCCAGAGCUCCUUCCCUCUGAGCAGCCCCAAUGAACCGUCAUCGUCUCUCCCUCUUCAACCUUCCGUCUGAUCUCCCCACCUUCUGGCAAUCUGCUAUCGAUCCCGCCCUCUCUUUCCAGAUAUGGGAACUCAGCGUGUCGAUCUUGGACGAAGAGUCGAAGACAAGUGGAACGGGUGGUGGGACGCUUACGUGGAAAUCGGCUUCUGUUUGGUGAACGUGGUGUUUCAUUGGGCGGAGCUGGCCCCAGAUGCUGAAGGAGGUGAGUUCCAGGACGACGAGGUGGAACUGCUGAUCGUGCAAACUUGGCGGACGAGUACGGAAGGAGAAUUGUUGGGGAUAUUAUUCGGUAAGGUGGAAGAGGGCCAUCUCGGCGCAACCACGGACGAGUUGUUGGUGUUUUUGGCGCAGCUGGUGGACGAUUUGCCCCUCGACAUCCUGUCGAGGUGUGACGAGAAGCCGGGGACGGACGUGCUCACUCGCACGCUCGCGCCGCAUCUGUUGUGGUCGACGUGUACGGACAGGGAUAAUUGCUUCUACCCAUCCCCGAGCCUCUAUCUCGAAAUCGACGUCACUGAUCUCACGCUGUGGCACCGUUUUAUCCGGCGAGGAAACGCACUAGAUACGAAGAAGAAGAAGAAGAAGAAGAAAAAGAAGAAGAAGAAGAAGAGGAGGAGGAAGAGUCGGGCGCUGAUCGAGACGAUCCCGAUUACAUCGGGUCAGGAGAAUAUGAAGAAGCGUCGGGAGAGGAAAGUAGAUCGGGAGAGCCAAGUGGUCGUCCCAGGCGAAGCGAAGAGGAGGACGAAGCCGAAACUCAGCGAAAGGGGAAGAAAGUGGAGGGUAAGCGGCCAGUCGGAGAACCCGAAACGCCGCUACCACAGCUGCUGCUAGGCGACCCAUCGCUAAAUCCAAAGCCGCCGCGC